AAAUAAAUUAGAUGCUCCUGCUGUUUCAUUACAUUUCCAGUCUGUUCUCUUCUUAGGCUGAAACAUGGGGACUUCAAGCAGCUGGAGCUUGUUUGCUGCACUCUUGUGUCUCCUCAGUUUGGGUGUUACGGUUUGGUGUGAUUGCACUAGGGAUGGCAUACAAAUGGAGGGUGGUGAUUAUACAUUGUCCAGGAAUCUGGAGAGUGGCAGCUUAAUGAUCUACCGCUGUAAAGAUGGAUACUACCCUUACCCUGAAUUGACCCGCGUCUGCCAACCUAACGGUGUCUGGAAACCUCUACCCAAAAAAUUCAAACCACAGAAAUGCAAACGUGUGGAAUGCCCUGACCCAACCGUACUGGAGAAUGGUAGCGUCUUCCCUUAUCAGUCCAGGUACUUUGUGGGCAACGAAACCUCAUAUGAGUGCUACUCUGGAUACACCUUGAGAGGCUCAUCCAGUCGGAUCUGCUUAAAAAAUGGGAAGUGGAAUGGCUCCACGCCAAUCUGCAGCCGGAAUUCCGGAGAUGUCUGUCCUGAUCCCGGAGUCCCACCUGGGGCCACAAAAAUGGGAAAUUUGUUUGGGAUUGACGACCAAGUGAAAUACACCUGCAAUGAAAACCUCUUUCUGGUGGGUUCUAGUGAAAGAGUGUGCCAGGAGAACGGCCAGUGGACAGGAAAUGAGCCAGCAUGCUACUAUAAGCACACGUAUGAUACCCCAGAAGAGGUUUCUGAAGCAUUUGGAAGCGCGAUUAAAGAGACCCUCACCACCACAGAGUCACUUGAUGAUAUCCAAGGAGGGAGAUUAAUCAGGAUUUCAAAAAAUGGGACUCUCAACAUCUAUAUUGCUGUGGACAUUUCUGAGAGCAUUAAACAAGAGGAAUUUGACCAAGCAAGAAAUGCUGUGAUAACUCUGAUUAAAAAGAUCGCCUCCUUCAGUGUGUCACCAAACUACGAAAUCCUCUUCUUCUCAUCUGAGAUAUACGAAGUGGUGGACAUUCUGGAUUUUUUUGAUGCCGAAGUUGAACUUAAUGCAGUCGUAAAAAAGCUGGAAAAGUUUGAAAUAGGAGACAGAAACACUGGAACAAAUCUGAACCUGGUCUUCACAACCUUUGAGAACAAAAUGGCUUUCAUACAGAGGCAAGUUGGAGAUGAGGGAUUUAAAGAUCAUCGACAUGUCCUGAUCCUCUUCACUGAUGGUGCCUACAAUAUGGGCGGUUCUCCCUUACCUACUGUUGCCAGGAUAAAGAACAGAGUUUAUAUGAAUCACCCUGAGGAUAAACAGGCCGAAUCAAGAGAUGAAUAUCUCGACAUUUAUAUCUUUGCCAUUGGAGCUGACAUCUUCGAUGAAGACCUGCAGCCCCUCACUGCAGGAACAGGAGGCAACCAUUACUUCAGGUUGCCAAAACUUGAAAAAUUACAAGAGACCUUCGAUAAAAUAAUUGAUGAAAGAGAAGUUGUAGGUCUCUGUGGCCUGCACCGAGAUUAUGAAACCACAUAUGACAAAGAAAGCAAGAGGAAAAGAUAUCCGUGGUUGGCAUUUGUCAUUAACAAGGGAGCAAAACCUAUAACUUGCAUCGGCUCGCUGGUGUCGCCUGACUUUGUCCUGACCGCUGCCCACUGCUUCACCUUUGAGGAUGAACCGACGGAUAUAAAGGUGGAGAUUGAAGAUGGACAGGGUAGCAGAGAGAAAAAAGUGAAAGAUUUGAAGUUGCACCCAAAGUACAAUGUCCACGGCAGACAGGAUGUGGGCGUGGCCGAGUUUUAUGACUAUGAUGUGGCUCUUAUCCAACUGGAGGAACCAGUGAAGAUCUCUAGUGCUGCGAGACCAAUAUGCAUACCUUGCACCCAGGAGACCAGCGACGCUCUCAAGCUGGUUGGCGAGUCGACUUGCAAGCAACAAGAGCAGCUCCUGUUAAAGAAUCAAAUUGAACGACUGAGUUUCCUAACAAGGAAGGAUCCGCUGGUGGCAGAAAAGGAAGUCCACGCCAAGCUUCGAAACAAUAGACCAGCAUGCAUUAGGAAAGCACUGCUGGCACCAGGCAUCACCACUGAUAACGAAACGAUUGCUGUGACCGAUAACUUCUUGUGCACCGGUGGUCGGUCACCGCAGAGAGAUCACAUAGCAUGCACAGGUGAUUCUGGCGGGGCUGUAUUCAAGAACUACGAGCAGCGGACAAUCCAGAUCGGAGUGGUCAGCUGGGGAACUCAUCAGAUCUGCGGCUCCACGGACGGUCUGAUCGAAUCCACUGAUGAUUCCAGAGAUUUCCACAUCAAUCUUUUUAAAAUGGUCCCUUUCCUUAGUGAAAACCUUGGAGAUGAUAAGCAAGACUACACAGCGCUAAAGUUUCUGAAAAACUAAACAGAGCUGCAUGCUAUAAUCUGUUUCAUGAGAUUACAUGUGCUCUUAAAGCAGAUGCUUGCUCUCUUUUAAGAUCAACCUUUUGGCAGAACCCCACAUAAGAGGCAUUCAGUGAGUAUUUGGUAGUUUAAUGAAAUGAUUGAAUAUAUAAUGUGGUCAAAAUGUCCCCUCUUUUAACCAUGGAAGAUCAUCUGUGUAAUAAACCCUUGUGUCAUUUUAAAGCUGCACACAGUCAGAAAAAUAACCAUUUCUUGAUUUAAGUCUACACAUAGAAAUUUACCCGUUUUCAUUUGAUUUAUUUGGCAUUAUUAUUAAAUUAUCAUUAUUGUUA